CGUGUGACUCCGGGCUGCCCGCGCGCUCGCGGCUCUUCGGCCAUGGUUUUCUCAAAUAACGAUGAAGGCCUUAUUAACAAAAAGUUACCCAAAGAACUUCUCUUAAGAAUAUUUUCCUUCUUGGAUAUAGUAACUUUGUGCCGAUGUGCACAGAUUUCCAAGGCCUGGAACGUUUUAGCCUUGGAUGGAAGCAACUGGCAAAGAAUAGACCUUUUUAACUUUCAAACAGAUGUAGAGGGCCGAGUGGUGGAAAACAUCUCCAAGCGAUGCGGUGGGUUCCUGCGGAAGCUCAGCCUGCGGGGCUGCAUCGGCGUCGGGGACUCCUCCCUGAAGACCUUUGCCCAGAACUGCCGAAACAUCGAACAUUUAAACCUCAAUGGUUGCACCAAAAUCACUGACAGCACGUGUUAUAGCCUUAGCAGAUUCUGUUCCAAGCUGAAACAUCUGGAUCUGACUUCCUGUGUGUCCAUAACAAACAGCUCCCUGAAGGGGAUCAGCGAGGGCUGCCGAGGCCUGGAGUACCUCAACCUGUCUUGGUGUGACCAGAUCACGAAGGACGGCGUCGAGGCGCUGGUGCGGGGCUGUCGGGGCCUGAAAGCCCUGCUCCUGCGGGGCUGCACCCAGUUAGAAGAUGAAGCCCUGAAGCACAUUCAGAAUUACUGCCACGAGCUCGUGAGUCUCAACUUGCAGUCCUGCUCGCGCGUGACGGACGAAGGGGUGGUGCACAUCUGCCGCGGCUGCCAUCGGCUGCAGGCCCUGUGCCUGUCCGGCUGCAGCAACCUCACAGACGCCUCCCUCACGGCCCUGGCUCUCAACUGCCCGCGACUCCAGGGACAGCUGUCCUCAGGACUGUUCCAGAAGCAGGGGUGUGUCAGCAGAAUAAAGUCGAGAGUGUGCAUCAUGAAGUAUGUGUUUCUGUGGUUAACCAGUCACUGCCUUUUCCUCCCGUGCGCUGCGUAUCCCAGGAUUUUGGAGGCUGCCCGAUGUUCCCAUUUGACUGAUGCAGGCUUUACGCUUUUAGCUCGGAAUUGCCAUGAUCUGGAGAAGAUGGAUCUUGAAGAAUGCAUCCUGAUAACCGACAGCACGCUCGCCCAGCUCUCUGUGCACUGCCCCAAGCUGCAAGCCCUGAGUCUGUCCCACUGCGAGCUCAUCACGGAUGACGGGAUCCUGCACCUGAGCAACAGCACCUGCGGGCAUGAGAGGCUGCGGGUCCUGGAACUGGACAACUGCCUCCUCAUAACGGACGUGGCCCUGGAGCACCUGGAGAACUGCCGCGGCCUGGAGCGCCUGGAGCUGUACGACUGCCAGCAGGUGACCCGCGCAGGCAUCAAGCGGAUGCGGGCUCAGCUCCCUCAUGUCAAAGUUCAUGCCUACUUUGCUCCCGUCACCCCCCCGACGGCAGUGGGAGGAAGUGGGCAGCGACUGUGCAGGUGCUGUGUCAUUCUCUGACAGCAGUUGUCUGAACCCAAGGCGUGAGGUGUCCCUUCCUCCAGAGAGGACCCAAGUCUUCCCGAACUGCUCCACCUUCACCCAAAUCUCUCGGUUCUCCAUUGGGAAAGGCAUGUACAGGUAAAAGACUCCGCCAGGGACCGCAGUGUCUCCGGUGAGAGAGUCUUCACCUCUAUUCUGCUACGAUGCAAUCACAUCACAGCCUGGGUCUGGUAGCACACGGAGCGCGGUCUCAGGGUAGCUGGGACACGCAAGAGAGGUGGGUGCCUUCUUAGGUACAGAAGCCCCGCCCCCGGCCGUGUCAGCAUUCCUCAUACAGACCAUCAGUGUUAGCACAAAUUGAGAAGAAAUAAGCUGUUGAUUUUCUACCCAAUACUUCAGCCAGUGGCCUACUUUAAUUCACAGAUUUCAUUCUGAUGAGGACUUUUCCACUUUGAAGAUUAAAUUAGCCAACUUUCUCAAAGUGACUGUUCCGCAAAUUCACGAUACCUGAUGGUUUUCUACAUAGAGACUUGAGGCGGGAGGCAAGGUAGUGGGUUUCCAUGAGACACCAAAGAAAUGAGACUCUGAGCUGGGUGGGGCGGGGUCUUCACCCUGCUGUUUCCAUCAACUUGUCACAUACACUUUUGGGGACCAAAAGCUAAAAACACAGAGCUCGAAGGCUGUGUCGCUGCCUCACUGGAGAGGAGAGUGGGUCUCUUAGAGGAGAGAAGCUAAUCCUGUCGUCUCUCGCGAGAUCUGGGGGGCCUUAAAGAGCUAGAAUGAGGCUUAAGUUAUCUAUAAUAUAAUCAAUUAAAAAUAAUGAAUGGAUGCAUGUA